GUUAGAAUAACACAGCUUUUCAUCAGGGUUUAUAUUUUCCUUCUUCCUCUUAUAGAUGCUUGAUGUGAUGGUACAGGAAGCCGGAUUAGAUACUAUACAAAGAGAGCUGAAAGUACAUUGCGGUAAAGAAGUAGUCAGCGAUGAAAGAUGAAGUCAACGAUAGUGGAACUUAUUUGUGUAUUGUUCCUUUGUGUUUCUGCAAUCAACAGGGCAGGUUCCUUGGAGUGUUACAUUUGCUCUAAUGCUCUAAAUAUAAAUGAAUGCAAGUCAACGGAAAUAUGUGUGGAAGGGCAGGUUUGUUUCAAAAAGCGGGACUACACAAACCAGGUUCAGUUUGACAUGGGAUGCAUUGACAAAGAGAGUUGUGGUACAUACUUUACAAGUCAAAAUGCUUCAGAAAAUGCAAAAAUGAGCGCUGAAAAGACAAGUUAUUGCUACGAGUGUUGCUCCAGGCAAAAAUGUAAUGAGGAUCUUUGUGACUAUCUUCCAAACUCCUUGUGCCAAGAUGACAAGUCGGUUGAUUGUGCUAAAUUGAACUCGAUGUUUAGCAUUUGUAAGGUUACAAGUCAAGCAAAGAAGAUUUGUCCAAAAUAUUGCAAUCUCUGCAAUCUGGUGGAUGGAAAUUGGUCUCCAUGGUCAAAAUGGUCAUCAUGUGACGUCACUUGUGGGCUAGGGUCACUGUUCCGACAUCGGUCUUGUACCAACCCAGCACCGCAAAAUGGGGGCAUUGAUUGCCCUGGUAAAGAAACCGAGCGAAAUACGUGUCAACUGAAGUUAUGUCCAGUACACGGUGGAUGGAGUUCAUGGGGCAACUGGGGAAAAUGUUCAGCAACUUGUGGUGUAGGAAUGCGAACACGUAGACGAUCAUGUACCAACCCACGUCCACAGCGUUUUGGGGACCACUGCUUCGGCGACAAUAUUGAUGAUGAAUUGUGUAACAGUGAAUCUUGUACAGAUAGAGAACGGAUAUUUGUACCAGACACAGAUUGCUAUGAUAUAAAUAAACAUGAGGGCAAGAAAAUAAGUGGAGUAUACAACGUACGUCUAUGGAAAACAGGCAAAGUCAUACCUGUGUAUUGCGACUUUGAUACAGAUUCGGGAGGGUGGACGGUCUUUCAAAACCGAUUCAAUGGCAGCAUUGAUUUCUACAAAAGCUUUAGUGAUUAUGAAAGGGGAUUUGGUUCUGUACAUGGCGAAUUUUGGUUAGGUCUUAAACAUAUCUACGAAAUGGUGUCCCAUGGGAAAACAGAGUUAAGGAUGGACAUGAUCGCGGCUAACGGGACAUCUGCAUACCAAACAUUCAUAAACUUUCGCCUUAGUGAUAGUCCGUAUUAUACUAUCCAUAUUGAUAAAGGAGUUGGAAAUGUAGGUCUUGGCAUGGGAUUAUUAUGCAGCUAUGGUAGUUAUUUUUCAACCUACGACGUUGAUCAAGAUAGAAGAGGAAUUCAUUGCGCUGUCAAUUAUCAUGGUGGUUGGUGGUACAGUGCUUGUGUUUCGGCUAAUCCUAACGGAAAAUAUGCAACUCCAGGAACAAAUAUCGGCUUCAAGGGCAUGUACUACUUCCCAUUUACAAAAAAUAAAGAUUCGCUGAAAGCAGCUAAACUGAUGUUUCGAAGAGUUUAA